AUGAUACAGCGAUGUACAUACUGUGCCAAUCUUUCUCUGGCUCACCUUAUCGACCUCGCAAAGAUAGACUUCAAAGGUCAUGUCUUUCCGAAUCAACCGACGACGGGAGAUUUGAUGGGUCCGUUUGCUUGGACUUCGUCGCUGGCGAAUCCGGAUGAUUCACCAAAGGAAAAAAAGCCAAUGGCUUUUUAUCCACAUCACAAGUGUUUUCAAGAUCUUGUGAAGUCCGCAGAGAUGGGGUGUGAUCUGUGUGAAGUGAUAUUGACCUGUUUGAAGAAGCGCAUUCCAGGGGAGGACAAAGAAAGCCAAGGAGAUAACUCGGACGAGAUUUACUGGACAGAUUUCAGCCGUCGUCGGGAGACUGAUAUUAAGAUCUCGAUUAAUAGUAGUCAUGUGUAUCCAGAUGCUACCCUUGAUGAAGUACAAAUAUCUGACAUCAAGAAUCAUGGGCACUCUUUCGCGGUCCCUAAGCAACGUUUGACGGUUGUCACAAACGCGAUAGGAAGUGCCGAAAUCAAUCCUGAUCUUGGGUCUAAACUGAAUUUCGAUAUUACGAGGGCUUGGCUCAGAGAAUGCCUAGAGUGUCAUGAUUGUCACAAUACCAAUUUACCACAGCUUCCCACUCGCGUGAUUGAUGUUACGCCUAACCAGACAAGAAUCAUUCAUUCAAAUGGAAUCAUGGCCAACUAUAUUGCGUUGAGUCACUGUUGGGGUGGUCCGAUACCCACUUCAUCAACGACAGCAACACUACGACAAUACCAAAACGAGCUUCCUUUUCAAUUGUUGCCUGCGAAUUUUCGAGAUGCCAUAACUAUCACUAGAGAGCUAGGAGUCAAUAUCUCUGGAUUGACUCUCUGUAAGAUGGGAACAGUGUAUCGAGAUGCAUUGGUCACAAUAUAUGCAAUGUCAUCAGAGGCCAGCACUGGAGGUAUCAUUUCAAAUCUUGCAUAUGAGCCAGUUGAAAAGCCAUCCACCAAUUUGACUUUUACUGAUGAUAAUGGAAUGGAGGUAACCGUCAGAGUGGAACCUGCAGAUAGGGAUGUUUAUGACGAAGACUUACAUCGUCUGGCAGAAUCUUCUCCGCUAAGUAGUAGAGGCUGGACAUUUCAAGAAUCCGUAUUAUCUCCUCGUCACAUCUACUACGGAAAAAAACAAAUAUACUGGGGAUGUACACAGGGAUUUCACGAUCUUAAAGGAAUGCCCCUGGAUACAGAUUUCCACAAGAAGAGCACAUAA